GGCUCCCAGGUGACCGCCAAUUAUUUAUGCACUCCAGAGGAAAAUGUUUACAAGAUAGACUUCACCAGGUUCAAAAUCCGAGACAUGGAAUCUGGCACAGUCUUGUUUGAAAUCACCAAACCAGCAGCUUCAGAACGUGAACACAAUGACAGGAAGGACAUUGACCCCAAUGCUGGACGGUUUGUACGCUAUCAGUUUACUCCAGCUUUUCUGAGACUUCGGCAAGUGGGAGCCACGGUGGAAUUCACGGUAGGGGACAAACCCAUUAAUAACUUCCGCAUGAUUGAGAGGCACUACUUCCGGGAUCAAUUGCUGAAGAGUUUUGAUUUUGAAUUUGGCUUCUGCAUCCCCAGCAGUAAAAAUACUUGUGAGCACAUCUAUGAAUUCCCAGAGCUCUCUGAGGAUCUCAUUCGGGAGAUGAUCCUUCAUCCAUAUGAGACACAGUCGGACAGUUUCUACUUUGUGGACGACAAGCUCGUGAUGCACAACAAGGCAGAUUAUUCCUACAGUGGAGGACCUUGA